AUGAACGACCACCACCCACAGGACGAGGAGGCGCGAGCCUCACAACCAACACUAUAUAGGCUCAACUCCAACCAAAGCAUGUCAAGCAUCUUUGAGGAGGUAGAAAUGGCACACGAAGAAUUGUACUCCGGACCAGUUGCCGAAAGCUUACCCACAAGCGUCUCAGCCUUCUCACAUCGCCGCCACCGCGCAAAUUCGACUGCCAGCUUUACGUACUACGAGGAACAGCCUAAUGAAGACGCUUACUCGCAGAAUUCUGACGAGAUCAGUCAUGUUGACGAUCAGGUUCAAUACUUCCGAAGACGAAGCAUUGGUAGUGAUCUUGACGAUCUGGACCUUGCUAUCGUGGACGAUGAAGACUCUGCUGAUCGCCACUAUAUUGCCUCUGAUGAUGAUUAUCUCAUGCGGCGACGCUCGUCUACACACUCGCGGUUGUCAGUUCACACGCGCUUGCUGAGAACGGACAGUGCGGCUACAGCAGGAAGUGCUCGGCAAAGCGGAAGAAACAGUCAAAAAGUUUACAUGGCCAAUGAAGACCUCACCAUUGCGAUCGCAGGUUUCUCAACAAGUUAUUGGGGCUUAUCUGCGUACAUUUUGCUGUGCGUGAUGACCGGUGGCAUUGCUUUCCUUGUUCUGCGAUGGCUUCCUCGUCGGUAUGUUGCCAUUCUUGGACGAGCCACGACGCUUCAAAGCUGUGACUGGGUAGUUAUCGAGAACCAAUGGGGGGAACUUGCAAUUCUCCAUGUCAAAUCGCAGAAUUAUGGACGACCCCUGUCCUCGGUGUUCGGCGCAUCUGAGAAGCUCCUUUCCUACGGCUUGGACGAUGAGAAUGACCCUCUACUUGAUGAUUUGCGAACGAUAGAGUAUCGCUAUGUCCGGUUCUUUUAUCACCCAGUCAAGGACAGGUUCAUCUUGUCGACUGGCUGGAAGGAUCCGGAUUGGACUGAUGUCCGCCUAGUGAGGUCGGGACUGGACGGCGAUGAAAAGACCAUGCGAGAGCAAAUUUUUGGUUCUAAUCUCAUCGAUAUUGAGCAGAAGUCUGUCAGUCAGCUCCUUGUUGAUGAAGUCCUACAUCCAUUUUACAUCUUUCAGAUCGCCAGCCUAGUCCUUUGGUCCAUGGACUCGUAUUACUAUUACGCUGCAUGCAUUUUUGUUAUGUCAGUCGGAAGCAUAGCGGCCACACUCUUGGAAACCAGAGCAACGAUGCGGAGACUUAAAGAGAUAUCGCGAUUUGAAUGCGAUGUUCGUGUAUUGCGUAACGGUUUCUGGAAAUAUGUGACAUCAAGUGAUUUAGUGCCUGGCGACGUGUAUGAACUCAGCGAUCCGAAUCUCUCCCAGUUUCCCAGCGAUAGUUUGCUUCUUAGUGGCGAUUGUAUUGUCAACGAGAGCAUGCUUACAGGUGAAUCGGUGCCCGUCUCAAAGCUGCCCGCCGUCGACAAGACUUUACGUGAAAUGAAUCUGUCUGCGUCAUCUGUUUCGCCGGAGACAGCACGGCAUUUUCUGUAUUGCGGUACCAAGAUUGUACGCGCUCGACGACCCCAAGAAGACAUGGACGGCGAUGCUGUCGCUCUCGCAUUGGUGGUUCGAACAGGUUUCAAUACAACGAAAGGCGCACUCGUACGCUCGAUGCUUUUCCCCAAGCCCUCCGGUUUCAAAUUCUAUCGCGACUCGUUCCGAUACAUAAGUGUGAUGGCGGGAAUCGCCUUGAUCGGCUUCACCGCCUCAUUUGUCAACUUUGUGCAUCUGAAAUUGGCAUGGCAUUUGAUCAUCGUUAGAGCGCUGGAUCUUAUCACAAUCGUUGUCCCCCCCGCACUGCCAGCGACGCUGACCAUUGGCACAAACUUUGCACUAUCCCGGCUCAAGGGAAAGCAGAUUUUCUGCAUCAGCCCUCAGCGAGUCAAUGUAGGGGGAAAGCUUGAUAUCAUGUGCUUCGAUAAAACAGGAACGCUUACGGAAGACGGUCUCGAUGUUCUUGGUGUACGAGUUGUUUCGGAAGAAACAGGUGCAUUCGGCGAUGUCUUAAGGGAAUCUAGCUCUUUCGGGUCCAUGUCUGCUACGGCAGAAAUGCACCCUAGUCCGAUACAGGCAGCAAUGUAUACCAUGGCAACAUGUCAUUCGUUACGUUCGGUCGACGAGGAGCUUGUCGGUGAUCCGUUAGACUUGAAAAUGUUCGAAUUCACCAAUUGGUCUUUUGAGGAAGGAAGGCAAUCUACCGGCGAUGGGGAAGAUGAUGAGAGCGGCCUUGCUCCAUCCAUAGCCAAGCCGCCAGACGGCCAAUUCGAACUCGGAGUUCUCAAAUCCUUCGAAUUUGUCUCGCAGUUGCGUCGAGCCAGUGUAGUUGUGCGCCAAUUUGGCAAAAAGAGUGGCGACAUAUUCGUUAAAGGAGCACCAGAGGCGAUGCGGGAGAUCUGUGACCCUGAGAGCUUCCCGGUCAAUUAUGAAGAAUUAUUGUCGCAUUAUACGCACAAGGGCUAUCGUGUAAUUGGAUGCGCCACGCGUCAUCUUCGAAAGCUCAGCUGGAUCAAAGUUCAGAAGAUGUCUCGAGAAGACGUAGAAAGCGAUCUGCGCUUUGUCGGAUUCAUCAUAUUCGAGAACAAACUGAAGCCAAGCACGGCUCCGGUGGUGAAAGAACUGAUCGAGUCCAAUAUAAGAGCGGUCAUGGUUACUGGUGAUAACAUUUUGACAGCCAUCAGCGUUGCAAGAGAAUGCGGCCUGUUGGGGAAACAUGCCCAUUGCUUUGUGCCUCGCUUUGUCGAAGGUGACUUUCAGGAUCCGACUGCCAAAUUACAGUGGGAAAGUAUUGAUGGCAGUGCAUACUCACUUGAUACUUCAACCUUACUACCCAAGCCCGUACUUCCUGAAGCCGAUCUCUCUCUGCCUUAUGACAUAUCUAAUCUCCGGGAUUACUCUCUAGCCGUCAGCGGUGAUGUGUUUCGUUGGGUCGUGGAUUAUGCGCACCCAUUGGUGCUCCGUCGAAUGCUUGUUCUUGGAGGCGUCUUUGCUCGAAUGUCACCGGACGAGAAACACGAGCUCGUGGAAAAACUUCAAAGCAUAGACUAUACCUGCGGGUUUUGUGGCGACGGUGCUAAUGACUGCGGCGCCUUGAAGGCGGCGGAUGUUGGAAUAUCCUUGUCAGAAGCAGAAGCAUCAGUCGCAGCUCCGUUUACAUCCAGAGUAUUUGAUAUUCGCUGUGUGUUAGAAGUGAUCAGGGAAGGUCGCGCUGCGCUUGUCACCAGUUUUAGCUGCUUCAAGUACAUGAGCCUGUACUCUGCGAUACAAUUCACUUCUGUGAGCUUUUUGUACGCUAAAGCUUCAAAUCUGGGGGAUUUUCAAUUUCUGUUCAUUGACUUGCUCCUGAUUCUUCCUAUUGCCAUAUUUAUGGGCUGGGCAGGUCCGGCUCGGACGCUCUACAAGAAGCGGCCCAUAUCCGGACUUGUUUCCCGAAAAGUGCUGAUACCGCUACUCGGCCUCAUGGCAAUCUGCAUUGUGGUGCAGGCCAUUGCAUACAUCACCGUUCGGGAGCAGACUUGGUACAUUCCUCCGGUAGUUGGCCACGAUGAGUCGGAUAUCAAAAACUCAGAGAACACAGCACUAUUUUUAACAUCUUGUUUUGAAUAUGUGUUUUCUGGAGUGAUUCUAAAUGCAGGCCCUCCCUUUAGAGAACGCACUGCCAACAACUGGCCCUUCAUCGCCACAGUUUUGCUGACACUUGCCAUAACACUGUUCAUGAUAGCUGGAUCCUCCACAUGGCUGAACAAACUGAUGGAGCUCACGAAAAUGUCAUGGGAAUAUAGACUAUUCUUGGUAGGCCUGGGUCUCCUGUAUCUGGGAGUUGCCUGGGUAUUUGAGAGACACGCUGCAACUCCAUUGUCGAGGUUUUUCGGAAAGAUCAAGAUUGCUGCUACCGGACAUCGAAAGCAGGGGAAACAGUACAAAGAGAUUCGGGAGGGAUUGCGUACCGACAUGAUGUAG